UAUUUGAAUACACAUGAUGUUGGUCCAUUAUCCUACUUGCGAUUAUAUCCGACUUAGAAUCUAUCCAAAAAAAGAUGUAGCAUAUAUCGUAAAAUUUAGUCGCCCCAUGUUUAGUCUAACUAUAAUCUUUAUCGCAAAAGGUAUCAUUUGUUGUUUAUGUUUACAGGAUUUUGCCACUCGUAAUAUAGUUUACUUAAUAAUUGUAUAAGCAACGUAUUUUGUCGUAAAUAUUUCGGGUUAACUCAUAAUAUUGUCAUAUCACAUAUUAUUGUUAUUUAUCUCUCUUAAACAAAACUGCUUUGCUUUCCAAGUUGACAACAAUGUUUCAAGUAAUUAAGAGAAGUAAGUUAUCAAAAUUCAAGAAACGAGGAACAUAUAGUAGGCUCCUUAAAAAAUAUCGUAAUCGUUUUAAGCAAGUAGCUACGAACAAUCCGACUGAACAUGAAAACGACAGCUCAUUAUGUGAAACCAAAAAUACCCAACGCUGUGAGCCAGAAAAUGUCGUGGAGAAUGUUGAACCUGCUAUUACUGAAUGUAGUAUUCCAAACUGUGACGAAGGCGAAAGAAAAAUUGUGACAGAUCUAAGGAAGUGGUCAUCCGGUUACAAUAUUCCCCAAACAGCACUAAAGUCACUCGUUGAUGUUCUUAACACAAAUCUUGAUCUUGCGCUACCGAAAGAUCCCCGGUCCAUUAUGCGAACACCUAGGAAUGUGGACAUCCGCCCUAUGGGAGAAACUGGACAAUAUUGGCACCAAGGGCUGGAGUCUUGUCUAAAGAGAAUUUUCCGGAACAUCAACAACAGCGAAUCAAUUUCCCUAAGCAUAAAUGUGGAUGGGCUGCCAAUUUACAAAAGUGCUACAAAAAACUUCUGGCCCAUCCUGUGCAACAUUUACGAGGUCCCUCAUAUUACGCCAAUGGUUGUAGGAAUUUUUUAUGGCAACGGAAAACCAAAAGAUGUGAAUGAAUUCCUGAGCCCAUUUGUUGAUGAGCUACUGCCACUAUUAAAAUCAGGAAUCACAAUUAAUGGACACACACUGGCCAUAAGCAUUCGUUGUUUCAUAUGUGACACCCCCGCCAGGUCAUUCAUCAAAAAUGUUAUAAGCUUCAACGGAAAGUAUGGGUGCAUAAAAUGCACAACGAAAGGUCGGUACAGCCAGUUAUCAAGAACGAUGACAUAUCCGGAGCUGAAUGCACCCUUAAGAACUGAUGAGCGAUUCCGGACAAAUCAAUAUCCUGACCACCAGCGCGGAUACACACCUCUUCUGAAGCUUCCUAUCGACAUGGUCAAGGACAUCGUUGUGGGAGAUUCCUUACAUCUACUCGAGUUAGGUGUAAUGAAAAAACUGCUAAAUGGUUGGCGCACAGGUUCAAUGUCCAUGAAAGCGAAAUGGAGUUCUUCUCAGAAAAAGGAACUCUCAGAAUACCUGGUAGAAGUUAAGUUUCCCGUUGAAAUUCACCGUCAAAUGAGGGCACUGGAAUUCAUUUCACUGUGGAAAGGCUUAGAAUAUAGGAACUUUUUAAAUUACGUAGGUAUAGUUGUACUUAAGGACUACCUGCCUGAAAAAUUUUUUAAUCAUUUCCUAUAUCUUUUUUGCGCCGUGAGAAUUUGCUCUUCAGAGAAGUAUGCAAAUAUGUUACCUGUAGCUAGGUCAUUAUUAGUAGAUUUCAUCGAGAAUUUUAAAUCAUUGUAUGGCACUGAAUUCAUAUCAAGUAAUAUUCAUAACCUGUGCCACAUUGUGAGUGAAGUUGAACAGUUUGGACCCUUACCAAGUUUCACCGCUUACCCAUUCGAAAAUUAUAUGCACUCAUUGAAAAAGUUGGUGCGCACAGGGCCAAAUCCAUUAGCACAAGUAGCAGCGCGAAUAAUUGAAUCUGAAAAUUCAAACACUUCCAAAGAUUGUCCGUUUGCCAGCCAAGAAAAUAGCGUGACAGUUGAACAAAAAAGUGGGAAAAUAUUCCUGGUUUUCUCAAAUUACAAAUUGUGCACAGAUUUCCAAGACAGUUGGUUUCUUUCAAAAAAAUGUGAACUGGUACGGUUCUCUGGAGUAUCUAAUGAUGAAACAGGUCUUCUGAUUGUAGGAUCAAAAAUAAUAUCUAAGUAUGAUUAUUUCCAAAAGCCAUUUAAAUCGUCUUAUAUUCAUAUUUAUGUUUCUAAGGUCGACUCAAAUAAUCUUUCAAAUGCCAGUUGUUUCCAUAUCAAUGACAUAUUUUGUAAAUUAGUACCCAUGUAUAGAAAAGAAGGAAUUGUGUUCAUUCCACUACUGCACACGAUUAAGUGAUAGAGAGGAAAACAAACCUGAAGAGAUAAAUAAGGCAUACUAUGGUGGUAUUUACAUGUAUGAUUAAUUCCGAGAAAAAAAUUGCAAAUCGAAAAUGAGCACUCAAAUAUAUUAAAGCGUUGCUAAAUUAUCCUAGACUAAGUUUAAUAAGUGACAAAGAAAGCAAUAAAUUAGGGCUCUCGUCAGCCGCUGCCACCCUACCCACCACAAUUUCUCAUUUAAUUGAGAUGGACUCAUGUACUUGACUAAGAACUUAUAGAAUCCUAAUGCUAUUCAAUCAACCAGUUAAUUUUUAAGAUAACCACGAAGCGACGGUGGGCGAAAGUCAGCGUCUUAAAGGACACCUGACUGUACAUCAUCUUUGAGAUUGAUUCACUCAAUUUGCAACA